AUGGAAGCUGAUUUAAGCUACUGUCCUAAGCAUGUUGAUGAAUGGUGCAAUGACAUCGAUUUUGUCAAUAAGAGGAACAUCCAUCAGCUGAGCAUGAUUCUGGAUUCCUGCUUGUUAACAUCAAAACAGUUCAAAAAGUUCUUCGAAAUAAUUAAAUCUACUUGUAACAUGGAAGAAGUAUUAGUAUUGAUGAAACAUACACAUUUUGCAUCCCAUGAUUGUCCGGCCGAGACUUUUUCAAUUUUAAACAAUGUUGCAGAGAUUCUUGAAGUACCUUUUAUUCAAGAAAUCAAUGAAGACAUUAAGUAUUUUCAGUCUGGUAAAUCAAUACCAGAGAAACAACAUGAUGAACCACUGAAGACUGCUACAAGUGAUGAAAACACAAGAAAAUUAAGAGAAUUGCCUCUCAUGGAAGAUAACUUCUAUGAAAUUUUCAAGAUCCUCACAAAGGCAUCACGAGAAGAUGAUCAGUACACAAUCAAAGUAGCUGUUGAUGAAAAGUAUUGCAAUGUAAGAACAAGCAAAUUAGAUUACGACUCAUUACUUUUCGCUGCUCUAAAAGGAGAGAACAAACUUGCCAGAUAUCUUGUAAAAUAUGGUGCGAAUCCUAGAACAAAGUCGAGAAAUCUUGAUACGAUUUUGAAACUCUAUACGAUGAGAAACGAUUUGGAAGGUGUCAAGUUUGCCAUCGAAUUUAUUGAUAUCAAUUCACAAGAUGAUUUAGGCAAUGCAGCACUUCAUUAUUCCGUAUACAACAACAAUUAUGAGAUAACGAAGUUUCUCAUAUCGCAACCAGACGUUAAUAUAUAUGUCAGUAACAAAGGCAAGAUGACAUCAACUCAUAACGAAAUUCUGAAGGCGCUUUUCAAUUCCGCCACGAAUUAA